UCGCUCACCGUACCCUGUCUCCCCCGCAGCCAUAACCCACAGCACACUAAAUUCUUAGCUGGUCUCGCACAGGCUUCACCCUAGCCCAUGGAUGCUCUCACUAGUUGUCUCCUCUCCACACCUCCUACGCAUCCCAAUAAGGCGUCCAUCGCAAAGCUUAAUCGCUCCUCCGCAUUGCCAGGGUCCCUCCCUCAAGGGCCGCGCCCCUCGUUUCCCGCGACCCUCAGAUCGCCGUCGCCGCUAGCGGCGGGCCCCAAAUGCUGGUCGCGAACCUCCGCGCUUCCGCAUGGCUCUGCCGAUGACGCGCGCGCGGCGGAGCGUACCUGUGACGAGGUGGAGGAGGCGAUUCGGCGAAUUUCCGACGAGCAGGAGCAGUUGAGGGCGCGCGUGGCAGCAGCGUCGGAGGUGGCGUGCAAUACGGAGCCCGACGUAGUUACAAGGCAGCUGCUGGGAUCAGCGACCCCGCAACCGCCUCUAGCAGAUGCACCCUCCGCGAUGGACGCGCGAUCAGCGGACGCCACCUGGAGCUCCUCCCCCCGGCCCAAUUCCACGACAUCCGCAUCCAAGCGGGGUCGAGGCAGCGUGCGCGCGUCUUCUUCCGCCCGCCAGCCCCCUCGCCUCCGCGGCGCGCCCUCCGCGGCGGCCAGACCGGACCCCGCGCCACGUCGGAGCGCGGCGCCGUCGCUCCCCGCAGCGCUGCUGUCGCUGUCGCGGCUGUCGCGCGCGGAGACGAGCGGCACGAAGCGCAUGGUGGCCAUGGUCGCCGCAUGGGACGCCAUCGCCUCGCGCCUCCCGCCCUCGCGCUCCCCGCCCCCCGCCUCCUCCGCGGACGACACGGGUGACGCGAGGCAGUCCGGCGGGGGGGGAGCGGGAGGGGGAGCGGGCGGAGGCAGCGUGCAGACGGUAUUGGCGGCGCUGAGGCUGGCGCUGAUGGCGCAGCAGCAGCAGGAGGAGCAGGGGAGAGGCAAGGGUGGGCAAGUGUGGCGGCGUGCGUCGGCACGAGUGGUGAAGGAGCAAGGUGGGGUAGCGGGGGACGGCAGAGAUGCGUUCACGCGAGGGGUGGCUGUAGCCGCCAUUCUCGCUGACCUACGGAUGGAGCCGGACGUGAUAGCGGCGGGGCUGCUAUCGGACUCAGUGCAGCGCGGCCACCUCACCCUCGCGCUCGUGCACGCGCACGUGUCCCCCGCCGUCGCGCGUCUGCUGCACGACAGCGCGCGCCUGCACCGCCUGCCCAAGCGCGUGCGUGCGCUGGACGACGAUACGGCGGCUGCGGCGCGGCAGUUCGCGCUGGCGUUCCACGACCCGCGCGCCGUGGUGCUGCAGAUCGCCGCGAAGCUCGACGCCAUGCAGCACCUCUCCGAGCCCCCCGCUCCCGCCUCGACCAACUCCGCCUCCUCCGCCUCCCCCUCCGCCGCCACCUCCUCCGCCUCCGCCGCCUCCCCCUCCCCCCGCCAGCAGGUGGAGGCCCUCGAGGCCAUGCAGGUGUGGGCCCCACUCGCACACACGCUCGGCAUCGGCGCGCUGACGUGGCAGAUGGAGGACGCGGCGCUGCGGCACCUGUUCCCGCGCUCCUACGUGUCCAUCCAGGCGUGGGUGGCGGCGCAGUGGCCGGGCGGCGGGGAGCGACUGGUGGGGGAGGUGAAAAGGCGCGUGGAGGAGGUGUUGGCGGGGGACGCGGAGCUGCGGGGGGCGGUGGGCGGGUGGGCGGUGAGCGGGCGCGUGAAGAGCAUGUGGAGCGUGCUUAAGAAGGUUCUCCGGGACGGCCGCCCCCGCACGCGCGUCAACGACCUCUUCGGCCUCCGAGUCGUGCUCCAGCCGCGCGCGCGCGCUGGCCGCGCGGGAGGGCAGGGCGGGGAGGGGGAGGAGGGAGGGGAGAGGAGAGGUGUGGAGGAGGGGAAUGAGGAAGGGGAUUUGGUAGGGGGGGAGGAGGAGGAGGAGGAGGAGGAGGAGGAGGAGGAGGAGGAGGAGGAGGAGGAGGCGGAGGAGGAGGAGGAGGCGGAGAGGGCAGCGGCGGCGGCGUGUUACCGGGUGCGGGAGCUGCUGCUGCGGGAGUGGCGGGAGGAGGCGGGGCGCAUGAAGGACUACAUAGCGCUCCCAAAGGGCAACGGCUACCAGAGCCUGCACAUGGCGCUCAAACUGCCCUUCAGGGGGGCGGGCGCGGGGGAGGGGGAGGGGGAGGCGGAGGAGCGGGUGGUGGAGGUGCAGAUCCGCACGGCGCGCAUGGAGGAGGAGGCGGUGAGGGGGGGGGCGGCGCACGGGCUGUACAAGGGCGGCAGCCGAGUCAGCCAAGACCAGAUGCAGCAGCUGAAGGGAGUGAUGGAGCUGCUGGCAGCGGCAGCAGAGGGCAGCAGGGCGGACCUAGGCUUGGGCCCGCGCUUCCCCAUGGCGCAGCUCGCGCAGAGCGCUGCCCUCGACGCUGACGUGGCCGCUGACGUGUCUGACGCUGUUGCUGUGUCGGCGGGAGCAGGCGCAGAAGGGCUGGGCUGGAGCAGGGGGGGAGAGAGGGAGGAGGGGGGAACGGAUUGGGGUGCGGUGCGGUUGGGAGGGCUGCAGGGGAGACAAGGAGGGGGGGAAAGAGAAGAGGAGAACGAGGGACAAGAGAGUAGGGUGUUGUAUGACUUCGUUGAGAGAGAUGAGGAAGAGGAGGGCAGGAAAGGGGAUGCGGAGGAGGAGGAUGAAGAGGUGGAGGAGCAGGACGAUUUCUUUGCGAUGCUGGAUCUGAAUGGCGACGGGGUGAUCAGCGUGGACGAGAUGAGCCACUUCAUGCGCCACCUGGGCCUGGGGAGUCUGCCCACUGCCACCGCCACCACCGCACCAGGGGGAGAGGGCGAGGGGCGGGCAGAGGGAGGGGUGGGAGCGGUGGGAGCGUUGGAUGGGCGGGAGGCGGCGGAGGAGCUGGUGUCGCUGCUGGACGCCAAUAUGGACGGCAGCAUCUGCGCCAAGGAGUUCGCGGCCUUCAGACGGCAGGUGCGUGCGCUGCACAGCGUGCGAGUGGCGGGCCGCCAGUCGCACGAGCACGAGCACGAGCACGAGCACGAGCACGAGCACCUCUCCCAGGCGCUGCUCUCAAAGCCGCUCACCCCCUCCUUGCGCCACUCUGCCGGGGCGGAGAGCAGUCCUGACCGCCUGCGCUCCGAGGUCAGGGCGGGUGCUCAUGCCCACAGCAAUGGCGGUGGUGGUGGCGGCGCUGCUGCUGCUGCUGCUACGGAGACUAGUGAGGCUCAUGAUGGGGUGGUGGAGGGUGGGGGCGGGGGUGGAGGGGAUGGUUGGGGGAGCCAUGCAGCGCGUGUGAAGGGCUCGCGGGUCAAUGGGGAAGGGGGCAGGGAGAGCGAUGAGGGCAAGGAUGAGGAGAGAGGGAGUCAAGGCAGCAGCAGCAGCGACAGCGGCAGCAGCAGUAGUGCGGUGGGUACUGGCGCCGAGCGUGGCAGUGGUGAGCAGGAGGUGGAGAAGGGUAGUGGGCGGAACGGUGAGGAGGAGUGUGCGUCGUGGGACGACAGUGUGGACUCGGACUGGGAGGUGGUCGUCCCCUCACGUAGUCCUAGCCCCUCGCGCCUCACCUCCCCCGCCUCCCCCACCUCCCUCUAUUUUGACUCCUCUGACGCCCCCUGGUCGGAUGGGGACGCGGGGGAGGGCGGAGAGGGAGGCGGGGUUGAGCGGGGAGGGGACGGCAGGAGGGGCACGGGCAAGCAGGCGCAUAUGGUGCGGUUGAGCCUCGUGCGCCCAACAGUGGUGAGGAUCGUGCAAGUGACCCGGUGGGUUCAGAAGGACGUGCGGCCGUGGUGGCAGUGGGGGGAGGCGCAGCAGACAGGCGAGGGCGAGGGGGAGGAGGAGGGAGAGAGAUGGGCCGGGGAGGAGGAGGAGGGGGAGGGGGAGGAGGAGGUGGCAGCAGUGGAGGGGGUGCUGAAGAUGGUGCGACGGCACAUGGCGAGCCGGUCCGAGACAGGGCUCACAGCAGCACGCAACAUGAUGGAUGAGCUGCUGGCCCGCCAUCCCGGCAGCGCCAACGUUCUCGUGCACAUGGCGCAGCUCGAGAGACACGCAGGCAACACUGCGGCGGCGCGGCAGUGGUACGAGCGCAGUGCGCAGCGGUUUGAGGCGCGGGGCCAUCUGGGGCGGCAGUACGUGCGCGCGCUGCAGGCGUGGGGCAUGCUGGAGGCGCUGGACGGCCGCAUCGCCGCCAGCCGACGCCUCUUCGAGCACUCGCUGCAAGUCGCAUGGAAGGCGGAGCGGCGGUCGGGGCAGCAGCAGGUGGGGGCGGUGGUGGUGGGGCUGCACGCGUGGGCCAUGGUGGAGCGGCGGGUCGGCAACUUCACGGCAGCGCGACACCUGCUGCAGCGGGCAGAGCGCGUGGAGCCAGGCAACGCCGUGGUGCUGCAGGCGCGCGCGCUGCUGGAAGGUGCCGUGGGCAACCUCUCUGCCGCCCGACACUUCUUCAAGCGCGCCGCCGCCACCGACCCCAACGAUGCUGCCUGCUGGCAGGCAUGGGCGGUGGUGGAGGCAAGGGCGGGGCGCAUGGAGCGUAUGAGGGACCUCUUCACCGCUGCUCUCGCCGUGCACCCUUCCUCGCUACCCACCCUGCAUGCGUGGGCGUGCGAGGAGGCGCGCUUGGGGUCGCCGCAGUCAGUGGAGCGCGCGCGAGACCUCUUCACACGGUGCCUCAACGUGGACCCGGAAUGCGCACACGCCCUGCAGUCAUGGGCGGUGAUGGAGCAGCGGGCGGGCAACGUGUGUCAGGCGCGCACCCUCUUUGACCGGUGCCUGCAGGUGGCGCCCUCCUCCGUGCCCGCCCUGCAGGCCUAUGCUGUGAUGGAGCGGCAGCAGGGCAAUCUCCUCAAGGCCCGUGCACUGCUCGCACUAGCCCUCUCGCUGCAGCCAAACAAUGCUGCUGUGCUGCAGGUGGCGGCGGAGGUGGAGCAGCAGCUGGGCAACAAGGCGGCAGCACACGCGCUGUACGUGCGCACCAACCGUGCGGACCGCAGCGCAGCACGGAGACGGCGCCGCAUGUUUGAGUCGUACCGGGACAUGCGGAGGGAGGUGCAGGGCGGGGAGGAGGGCCGGGAGUGGAUGGUGAAGCGGCAGGCGCGGCGCAUCAAGCGCAAGCUGCGACAGAAGCAGCAGCGCAAGCAGCAGGAGGGGCAGCAGGUGCUGGUGGAGCAGGCAGGUGAUGCGUGAGACGUAAGCCAUGAAUGAACCCGUUAAUCGGGCAUACCGGUAGCUAGGAGAGGAGACACUACUACUUGCAGUGCAGAGUGCUGUGGCUGGCCGGACCUUACUUCACAUGUCAGUUGGUGGAACAAAGUAGAUAGGGGUGUGGCAGCCGGAGCUUACACCUGGUACGGUAGAUGGUGUUGCUGGGCUUGGUGGUGUAGAUGGCCGGCACUUGUCCCUGAUACUCUGUGGAGUAGGCUGCUUCGUCCCUGUGCAGUAUAUUUAUGCAUACUGCAUGUGUUUGAAUACUUGAGAGGCUUGUCAUUC